AUGGAGCGAAAGCGCAAGCUGCCCGCCCGGGCAGCUGCUCGAGGCGAAAAUGCUGCGAAGAAGCGUAAUGUUACACCUCGAGAGGACUCUGCGACUCCUGCACCCCCGCCAGCUCCAGCUCCCGCUCCAGCUCCCGAACCUGAAGAGCCUCCCCCGCCGCCGUUACCCAAGUCGAUACAGGCGGGUAAACCGCUUCCUACGGUUGAAGUCGCGCAGCCAGAAGAUCUGUCAUCGAAGGAAUAUCAGACUGUUGGCGAAAGCGGCGUACUGGCAGAGUCGCUCUCACGAUCCCGUCAGAAAUGGAUUAGUGAAGGUCUGUUUGCUAAAUACUGGACAAAACCGCAUAAGCGCAAAGGCGUUCUCAACGAAGAUCCCAAAAACCCGCCCAAAGAGACCAUGUCAAAGGUUGGAACUGUAACGAUUACAGUCGAGCCUCAUAUAAUCGAAGCUACGAUGUACGUGGUUAAAGACCCAAAACCGAAGGUUCAGCCGAUACCACAGCAGCAACCGCAACACCGUCCGAUUAUUCAGUACGGGCCUCCAAAUGGCACGAUGCCUCCACCGCUCGUCCCUCCAGCAUCGACAGCUGGCACGCCUAUUCUGAAUAAGUCAGCGACACAAUCUAUACCGCCUAGUCCAUCCCAGGGCUCAGCCCAGAGUCCGGCGCAGCAACCGCAACCUCUUCCUCGAGCUCCACAAGACCAGACUGCUGGUCUAGCAACAGCCGCGAAGCCUGGAACCGCUCCGCUACCGAACAGCGUGACACCAUCCUCAAGUCCAAGCUUCCAACCGAGACCUCAAGCUGUAGGAGGACCUGUGGCACCACCACCAACGCCCCCAGUCGCAAACACACCUUCAAAUAUCGCUGCACCAUCACCGGCCAUGGUAACAGUAGCUCCGACCGGGCCAAUGGCAGCUCCUGCCAUGUCCCCAGUACCACGGCCACCUUCAAACCCUCAACCGACUACAACUGGCCUCGCGAAGCCUGUCUCAGGUCCGGCCCCAGGUCCCGCUCCUGCAGCGAAGCCGUCGGCCAAUGACCCGGUUAUUGCCCUACUUGCGCAGAAGGCUUCAGGAGAUGCGGAGCUACGCGAUCUAAUGAAAAGGGUGGCUGUAGGACAAGCAAAAGAGGGCGAGCUGGCCCACUUUCAGAAAAUUAUAGAUCAGUUAAAUGCCGAAUACAGGAGUAGAGGGGGCCAACAAGGACCAUCAGCAGAUCGACUGCUGGUAGACGGCCGGACAGUUCAAUAUUUUGCUACGGAAGUCAGAACUAUACUUGACAUUGUCUUGGCAUCAAACCCCAACCAGAAAUCAUCCGAGCUGCGACCACCGCAAGGUAGUGACCCGCUGGUUGUUUUGCUGGUGAAAACUGCGCUAGAGGAUCCAAGGACACGGGAUAUGAUUCGAAGGAUUGCAGAAAGUCGACCCGGCUUCACUGAUGCUACAGAUCUUAAGGAAAUUCUGGACAGGCUGCAUCGUGAUAUGAAAACUGCACCACGAGCUUCACCUGCGCCUGCACAGAUUCGACAACAGACUCCGAAUGGCAUGCCGAACGGUCAGCUUAAAGCUUCCCAAUCUGGACUUCCCCCAAACCCUCAGGCGCUACGGUCGAAGGGUCCUCCACCAGCGCCAAAACCAGAUGUCACAGCAGUUGUUUUUGAUUUUGGAACUGGAGACAGAUAUCUCUUCCCAAAGUUCAGUAUCCUGGAGUAUUUGCCUGCCACUUCUGGCCAGCAAGUAGUGGCUUCAUUUCUCAUUGUUCGCAAGGGUAGCACUUCGGAGUACGGAGGAGACCCGAAAUUGGACUAUUACCAGCCUGUGACGAUACGUCUCUUUACCCAGACAGGUCGCCACUUGGAGAAUCUAGCACGGGUUGUUGCUCCUCAAGAAGAGGUUCGGCGUUACAUGGACGAUGUCAUGGAUAAUAUGACACGUGCUGAGUAUGUCUUAUUGGCCAUGAGACUUCCGAAAACUUCACCAGAUGUGGACAAAGAUGGCACAGGUUCGGAGGAGCCGAGAACGAAUGUUUCCACUCCAAAGCCUGACGUGACCGAGUCAAAACCUGCCCCGAAGGUUGGCGUGCUCUGGACAACUAAGGGUAAUUCAGAGACGCCACCGGUAGAAGGACGAAUGUCAAAGCCGGCCCGAGACGCUGAGCAGGAGGCGGAAGCCAAGUACCAGCGCUUGAUCAACCAAGUGGCGGCUAAGGAUACUGAAGCUUAA